AUGGCGGACGCGAAGCAGAAGUUGGCGCGCUUCACGAGUUGGUUGGGUUUGGCUUGUGGCGUGCUUUCCCUUGUCGUAUUCUUCUUCCUAAUGCCGGCGGUGUCACCGCGUGUUGUUGUGUACGACGAAAGUUUCACAAAGGAUUACAACCGUUACACAUGGAGGUUCGCUAUGUUCUCGUUUGUGCCAGAUGUGUUUGUUGACAUAUGGACUCCGUUUGUUAUGGGCAUGAUCUCUAUUAUCUGCCACUUCGGGGAGUUCAGCUUCGACUGGAUGUGCAGAACAUAUGGACACUUCUUUGUCUGGAACUUCGUAAUGGCUCUCUUUGGACAGAUCGGGUAUUCGGGCAUCAUCGGCAUCAUCGCCAGCGCCUUCACGCUUCUUUGCACCCUGCUGAGUCUUAUCUGUGCCUUCCUCGUCAAGGACCAAAGCGCGAAGCUGCAGAUCACGCAGCAGAAAUAG